AUUAACAAUAUCUGCUGCUGGACUCCACAUGUUCAUGUCAAAGAUAUCAUGUCGAGGAAUAAAGGGUCUCCAUCCCUCUCGAAUCUUCCUUUUUCUUUCCCCACAGAAGCUAUGUCCUCUGCAAAGCAAAUCAAUGUCCCGGGAAAUUCAUGGAUGACCAGGUUCGCCAGACUUUUCUGACUGGCAAUGGUGAAAUGUCGGUUUGUGAGAUAAUCCAGUGUGUGCCUCUUGGCCCUUUCAUUUUCUUCCAACCCCUCAAGAGCUGACACCUGGGAAACUUGUUUCUUUGAUUUCGGGACUUGGUAUACGUAGGUUGUUUGAUUGUGGUUCUUCUUCUUCGACUUAUAAACAGGAGCACAAAGAGACAUGUCAUAAUUUUGACUUUUUUUAAAUCUGGGUUAUUUUUUCUACUUACCCACUGUACUUCAAGGGGGCGGGGGAAGGCAUGCUUAAGUUAGGAGAUGGAGUUGGCUUGCGAUAAGAAAGAAAACACCGUACUCUAAGGCUUCACAAGCUGGGAAGAACCAUUUUUGAGCUCAGCACCCAAACCAAUUUGUUCAUCCACUCUGUUGAGGGUUUCUGCUCAUGAUCUUGGGAAACUAAGCUUCAAUUCUGAGAGUAUAUGUGAUCUUGAGUAUAUAUUUUCUCAAGCACUUUCAAGAGUACCACGGAACUCCAGUUCAUUUCCUGCAUACCCUUUACUAAUGGCAGAAAAAUUCUAUCCCUCGAAGCUUUUGAUUUUUGUGACACUUCUACUUUCUUUCAAUCACUCAGAGCAACUGCAAUCUUCACAGCCUCAGACUCUUCUAAGAAUCAAACGGCUUUUGAACUUUCCUUCUGCUUUAAGUAGCUGGAAUAGCAGCACAGACUUCUGCAGCCCUGACUCAGAUUCUUCUCUUACUGUCGUAUGCUAUGAAGAUACCAUCACGCAGCUUCAUAUAAUAGGUGAAAAGAGAGCUUCGCCACUUCCUAAAAAUUUCUCAACAGAAUCCUUUGUCGCAACACUAGCCAGGCUUCCUCAUUUGAAAGUCCUCACACUGGUUUCUCUUGGCAUCUGGGGUCCACUUCCGGGUAAGAUUGCUCGAUUGUCAUCACUGGAAAUAGUUAAUAUGAGUUCAAAUUUUCUAUAUGGUGUCAUCCCUCAGGAGCUUUCAUUACUGUCAAAUCUUCAAACACUCAUCCUUGAUGACAACAUGUUUUCUGGGAAGCUUCCAGAUUGGAUUGAUUCUCUUCCAGCCUUGACAGUGUUAAGUCUGAAAAACAAUCUGUUCAAUGGAUCUGUACCUGAUUCUUUGGGUAGCUUGGAAAAUUUGAGAAUUCUUUCACUUUCUCAUAAUCACUUUUAUGGAGCAGUACCCGAUUUAAGACAUUUGACUAAUCUUCAAGUGCUGGAAUUGGAUGAUAAUGCUUUUGGACCUCAGUUUCCUCGACUUGGCACCAAGUUGGUUACUCUAGUUCUAAGAAACAAUAGUUUCAGAUCCAGUGUCCCCGCUGAAGUGACCACGUUUCAUCAGCUUGAGAGAUUUGAUAUCUCAUCAAACUCAUUUGUGGGGCCAUUCCACCCUGCAUUGUUAUCUCUUCCAUCUAUCAUAUAUCUCAACAUUUCUGGAAACCAACUCACUGGAAUGCUUUUUGAAAAUCUAACUUGCAGUUCUGAACUCCAAGUUGUGGAUCUUUCCUCGAAUCUGUUGACUGGAAGCUUACCUGGAUGUUUGCAGUCAAAAAACAAUGAUAAGACUGUCCUUUAUGCUAGAAAUUGUCUGCAAGAUAUCAAUCAAAAUCAGCACUUACUCCCCUUUUGUCAUACUGAAGCCCUAGCAGUGGGAAUAUUACCUGAGAGCAAGAAACACAAGGAUCAAUCUAAGGUUGGCCUUUCUCUUGGGAUAGUGGGCGGCAUUCUUGGAGUAGCAGCAUUUGUUGCCUUGGUUUUCUCCAUUAGUAGAAGAGGAAAUGUCAAAAGCAACAUUAAGAAUUCCCCGACAAGAUUAAUAUUAGAGAGUGCAACUCCCACAUACUCAUCUAAGCAUCUUUCUGACGCAAGGUACAUAUCUCAAACAAUGAAGUUGGCAACAGUUGGCCUGCCAGGUUAUCGAACUUUCUCUCUGGAAGAGAUUGUGGUAGCGACAAACAAUUUUGAUACAUCUUCUUUCAUGGGUGAAAGUUCUCAGGGACAGAUGUACAGAGGCCGGCUGAGGCAUGGUAUUCUUGUUGCUAUAAGAUGCGUGAAAAUGAAAAAAAGAUACAGCAUUCAUUACUUUAUGCACCACAUAGAACUGAUAUCACAACUCAGGCAUCGCCAUCUAGUCUGUGCCCUAGGACACUGCUUUGAAUAUUAUUUAGAAGAUUCAACUGUCAGCAGAAUAUUUCUUGUCUUCGAAUACGUUCCAAAUGGCACACUAAGGAGCUGGAUCUCAGCAGAUAGGCGCUCAAAAAAAUCACUUGGUUGGACUCAACGCAUAGGAGCUGCAAUUGGAGUAGCAAAGGGCAUUCAGUAUCUACAUACUGGUAUUAUCCCUGGUGUAUAUUCAAACAAUCUCAAAACAACAGAUGUUUUAAUGGAUCAGAAUCUUGGUGCAAAAAUCUGCAGUUAUAACCUGCCCUUUUUAUCAGACAUGGGAAAGGUUGAGCACGGAACUUCCUCCAGCGGCUCCAAAAAUCCUAGCGUUAAUGAAAGUGCAAAACAUGAAGAUAAGUCAGAUAUAUACGACUUUGGAGCAAUACUACAGGAAAUGAUUCUGGGAAGGGCAGCGAAGUCAAGGAAUGAAGCGGAUGGCUUGAGGGUUCUGUUUCAAGCGAGCAUAAUAGGUGAUGAAGAAGCUAGAAGGAGCAUUGUAGAUGCAGGAGUUCGCAAGUCAUGCUUGGACCAAUCGUUGAAGACGAUGAUGGAGAUUUGCGCAAGGUGCCUUGCCAAAGAUCCAGUGGAAAGGCCUUCCAUCGAGGAUGUUUUGUGGAAUUUGCAGUUUGCUGCUCAAGUUCAGGAUGCUUGGCGAGGGGAAUCUCAAAGCAGUGAGGGAUCUCCAGGCUCUCCUUUUGAACCUCGACGACUCACCUUCCAUUAGUGUCAAUCACAUUUUU